UCUGGAGAAAGAUCAAGACAGUAGGUAGGCUGCGACGUUUGCGGUCGGUGUGCAAGUUGCGCGAUGGGUUUAGCUGUCGUCAUGAUCUGCUUAGUCCUUGUCGUCUUUGUGGCUCAUGGAAGAGGAGAUACUACCAGUGAUGCAAAUAACUUGAUUGAGUUGAUCCAGCACAAUCUGCACGAUUUCAGUGAAGAGGACAAAGCGAAAGCUGUUGCAUUGCUGGACAAACUUCUGGAAAACAAACAAGGACCCAAGGGUGAACGUGGAUAUCAAGGAAGACCGGGAUCAAUGGGACCUCAAGGACCUCGAGGAAUUCCAGGACCUCAAGGUAGUAAGGGACCUCAAGGACCUCGAGGAUCUUCAGGGCUUCAAGGUAGUAAGGGUCAAAGAGGUGCAACAGGAGCAACACCUAGAUGUCCAUCUUGUAAUCGAUGCGAAAUGGGGACAUUUCUUACACGAGGCAAUGGUGUGUCUGCAAGUGUGGGCCACUGUUCAUCCCGCUACAGUCAGAGCCAGUGCUGGCCUGUGUUGAAGUAUAUUAGCUUUUCCAGAAGGUUCAGUUCAACACCAGCUGUAACGGUUUCAAUCAGUCUGCUGGACAGUUAUAAAAACAGGAAUGUUCGAGUGCAUGUUUAUCCAAGCAGUGUCACUACUUCCGGGUUCAGGGCCAACAUCAGCAAAUGGGGUGAUACAAUUAUGUACAUUGUGGAACUCUCUUGGAUAGCCUGCGGUAACUAGAAGUGGAGACAGUCUCCUGCUUGGACUGCAUGUAGUGGAACAUGAUUUGGCGUUUAGGGACGUCAUUGAUGACAUUGGCGUAGUGCUGUGAGCUGUACGUUUAGUCCAAGUGCUUGCAUAUGCAGGAUGUUUGCUGGAUGAUUGCUUUAACGUUGAAAUGAGUUUGUGUAGUUGUUGUAGUCAAAUAUAUGUGUUGACUGAU